UGUAUGUGGGAGGAGGCAGAGAGAGAGCUGGAGAAAAGAAGGGGCACAAGAAAGAAAAAGAGCAAGCAGGGAGCAAGCAGUAUGUGUGGUGUGUGAAGGAGAAUACAUCUGAAAUCCUGUGAGUGGUUUGCAUAGUUGCAGGCAGCCUCUUCACCAGCCUCUCCUGCGCUGCACAACCUGGGCUAAGGGACCAUGCAGCAACCCUGGACUCUUCCCUGGCUCUGUGCUCUCCUGCUGGGGCUGAUGGGGUUCCUGGUGUCGGGCUCAGACUUCCAGCAUCACAAAUACGAGGACAUGGUACGAGCUCUGUUUGCAGUGCAGAGCGAAUGCCCCUACAUCACGCGCAUUUACAGCAUCGGGCACAGCGUGGAGGGUCGCCACCUCUAUGUCCUGGAGUUCAGCGAUAACCCGGGCAACCACGAAGCAUUGGAGCCCGAGUUCAAGUACGUGGGCAACAUGCAUGGCAACGAGGUGCUUGGGCGUGAGCUUCUCAUCAAGUUCUCCCAGUUCUUGUGCGAGGAGUACCGAAACAGAAACCAGCGAAUCGUGAGGCUGAUCCACGACACGCGCAUCCACAUCCUGCCUUCCAUGAACCCCGAUGGCUACGAGGUGGCUGCCAGACAGGGUCCGGAGUUCAACGGUUACCUAGUGGGUCGAGGGAACGCCAGAGAAAGCGAUCUAAACCGCGACUUUCCGGACCUGAACGCGCUCAUGUACUACUACGAGAAAACCAAAGGACGAAACCACCAUCUGCCCCUCCCGGACAACUGGGAGCAUCAGGUUCAACCAGAGACUUUGGCUGUGAUUAAAUGGAUGCAAAACUACAACUUCAUCCUGUCAGCGAAUCUUCACGGAGGAGCCGUGGUGGCCAAUUACCCCUUCGACAAGUCGAGAGAUGGCCGCAUUCGAGGGCGGACCACCUAUUCGGCCACGCCUGAUGACAAGAUCUUCAGAAAGUUGGCGAGGACCUACUCAUACGCUCACGGCUGGAUGCACAAGGGCUGGAACUGUGGCGACUACUUUGAUGAGGGGAUCACCAAUGGGGCCAGCUGGUACUCGUUGUCCAAAGGCAUGCAGGACUUCAACUACUUGUACACCAACUGCUUCGAGAUCACUCUGGAGCUGAGCUGCGAUAAGUUUCCUCCGGCAUCAGCACUGCCGAGAGAAUGGCUGGGCAACCGGGAAGCGCUGGUUUCAUACCUAGAACAGGUGCAUCAUGGGAUAAAAGGCAUGGUGUAUGAUGAAAACAACAACCCCAUCAGCAAAGCAGAGAUCUCAGUAGCUGGCAUCAAUCAUGACGUGACCGCAGGAGUUGAUGGCGACUACUUCAGACUUCUGUUGCCAGGCACUUACACUGUAACAAUUUAG